ACCAGCACGUGGAAAGGAAGUGUAGCGGUAGGUGCACAGCACACAACUCCUCCAUCGCCCCCACAGACGCCAUACACACCAUGCCCACUGUACCUCCGCGGAGUUAAUGUUAUUAUUAUUUUUUUUUUUUUUACCAAAGCACAAUAGUCUCCUGCGUCAGACCUGCCGCGCCAUGCGUGUCCUGUGAGCGCCAACCGCCGCCUGGCUGGAUCCUCCACGCGCGCAGGGAUGUUGCACACGGACUUACAGUAGCAGAGCCUCGAUGAAGAACAUUUCCUUCGCCACGGCGUCCUAACGCUACCUCCACCUUUCAGAAGAAGCACAACCUCUUCUCCCUGGCACCUUCCCACUUCUUCUUGAUCUCCAAAUUAUACACCUCAAAAGUCUUCUCUCUUCACCGUCUGCACGCCUUGGAGGGACAUUCCUGUUUUUCUAGCCAUGCCAAAUAACACCAGGGUGACCCAGCUGGAGCACAGCAGCGAGCCGGUCACUGAGUCUGUGGCUGACCUGCUGUCUCUGGAGCACCCCAUGGACUAUAAGAGCAGUCAGAUGAGCAUGGGCCUCAGCCCGGGCUCCACUGCCCCGGUAAGAGCACUGCUGCCUUCCCCUGACCCUGAUGCAGAGGACGGACGGCCGGCAUGGAACAACAAGAUGCAGUACAUCUUGGCGCAGGUGGGCUUUUCUGUGGGUCUGGGUAACGUCUGGAGGUUCCCCUACCUGUGCCAGAAGAAUGGCGGGGGCGCUUACCUGGUGCCCUACUUCAUCCUCCUCCUCCUCAUCGGCAUCCCUCUGUUCUUCCUGGAGCUGGCGGUGGGUCAGAGGAUUAGGCGUGGCAGCAUUGGUGUGUGGAACUACGUGUACCCCCAGCUGGGAGGCAUCGGGGUUUCUAGUCUGAUGGUUUGCGGCUUUGUGGGCCUCUACUACAACGUGAUCAUCGGAUGGAGCAUCUUCUACUUCUUCCAGUCUUUCCAGUACCCGCUUCCUUGGGCUGAAUGUCCUGUCCAAAUCAAUGGAACUCAAGCCAUCGUGGAGCCGGAGUGUGAGAAGAGUUCAGCCACAACGUACUUCUGGUAUCGUAGGACGCUCAACAUCACCAGCAGCAUCGACGACACCGGCGGACUGAACUGGAAGAUGACUCUGUCCUUGCUGAUCGCUUGGAUCUUGGUGUGCUUGGCUGUCAUCAAGGGCAUCCAGUCCUCUGGGAAGGUGAUGUACUUCAGCUCACUCUUCCCGUACGUGGUGCUCUUCUGUUUCCUGGUGAGAGGCUUGUUCUUGAGAGGAGCGGUGGAUGGCAUCGCCCACAUGUUCACCCCAAAGCUGGAAAAGAUGUUGGAGCCACAGGUGUGGAGAGAGGCAGCCACCCAGGUGUUCUUUGCGCUGGGCCUGGGCUUUGGCGGAGUCAUUGCCUUCUCCAGUUACAACAAGCGAGACAACAACUGCCACUUUGACGCCGCCCUGGUCUCCAUCAUCAACUUUGUUACGUCCAUCUUGGCCACUUUAGUUGUUUUUGCUGUCCUGGGCUUUAAGGCAAACAUCAUGAACGAGAAGUGUGUUAUAGAGAAUGCCGAGAAGAUUCUAAUGUAUCUGAAUACCAGCGUGCUGAGCAAAGAGCUCAUUCCUUCUCACAUCAACUUCUCCCACCUGACCACACAAGACUAUGCAGAAAUGUACGGAGUCAUUAAGACAGUGAAGGAGGAAAACUUUGCCCAGCUAGGCCUGGACCCUUGUUUGCUGGAGGAUGAACUCAACAAGUCGGUUCAGGGCACUGGCUUGGCGUUUAUCGCCUUCACAGAAGCCAUGACGCACUUCCCUGCCAGCCCUUUCUGGUCUGUCAUGUUCUUCUUCAUGCUGAUUAACUUGGGCCUGGGAAGCAUGAUCGGAACCAUGACGGGCAUCACCACCCCCAUACUCGAUGCCUUCAAGGUCCGCAAAGAGAUCCUGUGCGUGGUUUGCUGUGUCAUUGCCUUCCUAUUGGGUCUGCUGUUUGUGCAGCGUUCAGGGAACUACUUUGUCACCAUGUUUGACGACUACUCGGCUGGUUUGCCGCUCACCGUGGUGGUCAUUCUGGAGAACAUCUCUGUGGCCUGGAUAUACGGCACUAAACGGUUCAUGCAGGACCUGGAGGACAUGCUUGGUUUCAGGCCGUACUCUUUUUAUUACUACAUGUGGAGGUACGUGUCACCGGCUGUGCUGGUGGUACUUAUUGUGGCGACCGUUAUCGAGAUGGCCGUCAGCCCCGCAGGAUACAAUGCUUGGGUUGAAGCCGAGGGCGCAGAGCGUUUCCACAGCUACCCACCUUGGGCUUUAGGCAUGGCCUAUUCCCUCAUCGUGGUGGCCAUGCUGCCCUUACCUCUGGUUUUCAUCGUCCGCCACUUCAACCUUGUGUCGGACGGCUCCAACAAGCUGUCCGUCUCCUACCGUAAAGGCAUGAUGAAGGAUAUCUCCAACCUGGAGGAACAGGACGAGCAGCGUUUCAUCCUCAACAAGAACCCCAGCGAGGCUCCUUCUCCCAUGCCCCCUCACCGUGCCUACCUGGGGCCCGGGGGUACCCAGGAGAUGACCAACACCAACUAUGGCACCAGCACCAAGACGGGCUACCAGAAUAUCGGCUCGCCCGAGUCCGAGCUAUGAUGCAGCAUUUUGCAGUGCGUCGUCCGGGGAAGAAAAGAGAAAAAAAAAUCCACCAACGUGUUUUUUUUUCUCCGUAUCACCUUCACCUGUCAAGUGAUCAGUAGACGUUUUCCAAGCUUCAGGUGUGCCCAAUUUGCAAUGUUCUGAAUAAUAAUCCCACAUUUAGGAGGUGGUUUUCCGAAUGUAAAGAGCACAAUCUCGUACAAAUUGUUCACCCUACAUGGUCACAAUACUAGUGUCUGAAACGUGAUUGUGGUGUUGUUAAACAAGCACAUUGUUAUUUGUGUUACUGCGGGACAGAUGCAGCUAUAGUUCCAGCAUCUCUGAGCCUUAAAACAAAGCAGCACUUUUUAUUUUUCCAUCAUAUCUUUCUUAGACAAACACAGCUCCGUGUUUGUUCCCGGUUGUCCAACCAAUCAUGUUAAGCGCAAAUGCUCGUGUUUGAUCAGCUUCACGCUCGCCGUUGCCGGGGCUCGGAGGUGUGAGUUUUGUCAUUCAGAUGCACAAAUGUGUGUUUGGGCUUGUGCGCCACUCCUGAAUGAGAAUAGGUGUGUAAAAAUAGAGUUGUGCGUUACCCAGGGGAAGCCGUGGCAACGCGCCAUAGAUACAGAGCCUUUUGUGAUGACGAGGAGGAGGAGAGUGGACGCCUUGGCUUUUGUUGGCUGCACCUGCACAUUUGCUCAGCAAUAGACGAGACGGUUUACUGUUUAUCCGUUAUUUACCUUCAUUAUAGAACAUUCCGACACCCUGAACACAAAGGCUAUAUUUUGAUGUCUGUACUAGUGUAUUUUCCUGUGAGUGCAUUUUUUGGUGGGUUCAAGUUGUACAGUGAUAUAACAGUAUUGAAGUGGCAAUACACUCCUGUAACCACUAGGGGUCUCUGCUGGUCAACAAAGGAGACAAUGCCCCGCCCCCCCUUCCCUGUGGCCCCUUUUCGAGGCAAAACCAAUGCUUGAGACCGAUCAGGUGUAAAGUGAAGCACACACAGGUCAGUCACAGCAUUCGGUGCCUGUGGAGCGUCUGUUUGCCUUAUGCUUAUUGUGCCAGUUCGUUCUUGAUGAUAUACUUUAACUAUGUGCAGUUUUAAUCAAUGUUAUUUCGUCUUGUCCACUUGAACACUUUAAUUAGAUUGAGACCCUGGAGUUGUUUUGUAAAGCACACACUUUUAGAGGGCAGCUUUGUGGGAUUUGAAGUCAAUAGGAUGCACUUAUGAGGGUUUGAAGGUGGUCAAAGCGCUUUAAGUUAGGUUAGGUUACUUUAUUAGUACCCAAAGGUGAACUCGUUUUGCAGCCAGCAAGAUCAGGACAUCCGUUAAAUAUACAGAAAAAGUAAAAUGUUGAAUGAAUGAAAUGAGUUUAUUUCGGUCAUAUGAUCAACCAUUUUGUGUGAUCAAUUUAACAGCACAGAUUAUACAUAUUAACAAUCAUACAAAUACACACACAAAAAGAAAAAGAAUGACCGAAAAAGGAAUAGACUGCAUGAAGCCAAUGCUUAUUUUUGCCUAUCCUAUACAUUCACUGAAAAUUAGAUUGCCUGGAUCAUCAAUGUUCAAAAAAUCAAUGGGAUGAAAGUAAUCCUUGCUAUAUUUUAUAAUUUUCCAUUAUUUCACCUUUCAAGGCUUUCUUAAACCUUAAAGAACUACAUGUAUUCAUCUCAUCACUGAGCUUGUUCCACCGUUUAACUCGUAAAACUGAAAUACAUUUGUAUUUAUAUUCGUUCUUACUUUACAUAUUUCAAAAAUCAAUAUCCCCCGUAAAUUAUAUUUUUCUCCUCUUAAUGUAAGUAACCUAAGAAUACAAGCAUGGAAGGCUGUUGUUCUUUACUCGAAACAUAAUUCCCAUUGUUUUUAAUAAACACAAUAUCUGAACAUUUUAACACAUUAGAACUUAUGAAUAAUGGAUUGGUAUGUUCAUAGUAGCACGUUUUGUGUAUUAUUCUAGUUACCCUUUCUUGAAGUUUAAUUAUUAGGUCUAUGUUUGUUUCAUUAACAUUUCCCCAAACUUCAUGUUAAAUAUAGAAUAAAAUAAA